AUGAGUGAAGCAAUCGAGACAGUCAAGCCUCCUAAGGGUCAUUUCUACUUGGCAGGGCGACUUUUUCCACGCGUGAAGUGGUGGAAACGCCGCAACAUGCGAGUCCUGUACUUUUAUGUCUUGAUUCUGAUUCUGACAAACACAGCGAAUGGAUUCGACAAUUCCAUGAUGAAUGGCCUCCAGUCCCUGUCCUAUUGGCAGGAUUAUUUCCAUCACCCCAAGGGGCCAACACUGGGCUUAUUCAACUGUGUGAUGAGUGUCGGUGCCAUUGCCGGGCUAUUGAUAAUGCCUUACAUGCUUGAUAACUUUGGUCGUCGACCGUGCUUAGUCUUUGGCUGCUUCUUUAUGUUACUGGGCGUUGCAUUGCAAUCGGGCUCCAUCAACUUCUCUAUGUUCGUGGGCGCUCGAUUUCUCCUCGGAUUUGGUGAUAUUAUUGUCAUUUGCACCGCCCCACUACUUAUUACAGAGCUAGCACCAGCACAAGACAGGGCAAUUCUGGUCACCCUCUCUGGUGCCACUUAUCAUUCGGGGGCUUUCAUCGCAGCGUGGACGACAUACGGGACACUGAAGAUCAAGAGCGAAUGGUCAUGGAGAGCCCCGAGCUUGAUCCAAGCGUUAUUCACUUUGGUUAUGCUGGCUGUUGUAUGGUGGAUACCGGAGAGUCCACGCUACUAUGUCUCCAAGGACCAACCCGAGAAAGCGCUACAGGUCCUCGCAUACUACCAUGCUGAAGGGAAUGAGAGUGAUGAACUUGUUCAGUUGGAGUUCACCGAGAUUACCACUGCGAUUGCGAUGGAGAAAAACGCAGAACACUCCGGGUCCUACCUAGACUUUUUGCGGACUCCCGGUAAUCGCAAGCGACUCUUCAUCAUCAUCACUAUGGGACUCUUUGCUCAAUGGUCCGGCAAUGGCUUGGUCUCAUACUAUUUGAAUCUCAUCAUGAACAGCAUCGGAAUCACAGACCCCAACCGCCAAUUAUUGAUCAAUGGGGCUUUGACUUCGUUCAAUCUCGCCACCAAUCUUUUCUUCAGCUUUUUCGUUGACAAAUGGGGUCGUCGCCCAAUUAUGCUCAUCAGCUCGGCUGGUAUGCUGGUUGGCUUCGUGGUUUGGACAAUCCUAUCGGCGAAAUAUGACCAACGGGAAAGCUCAGCUCUUGGACAAGGAGUGCUGGCGAUGAUAUUCAUCUACUACCUAUUCUAUAACUUGAAAUCGGGGUUGAUCAGCAGUUAUACUACAGAAAUCCUCCCAUAUUCAAUGCGCGCCAAGGGGUAUACAAUCAUGGAAUAUGCCAUGUAUAUUCCGUUGUUCUUCAAUCAGUAUGUCAACCCAAUUGCGCUGGAGAAUAUCCAUUGGCGCUACUACAUCUUCUACUGCUGCUUCCUGGCGGUAGAGGUGGUGGUCAUCUGGUUCCUCUACGUCGAGACACGGUAUAUGCCACUUGAAGAGAUUACCAAGAUUUUCGAUGGAGAUGACAUUGCUACCGCGACAAAUUUGAAAAUGGAGAAGAUAGCAGAGACCGGGAAAGGAGUGAGCACGGCGAUCCACAUCGAGGAGACAAGUGUCUGA